CACUUUCAACACGCUAGUUGAACCGCGAACCUCUAUGACGAUACUCGACGCGGUGGCACGUGACCUUUAAAUUCACACGUCCGGCGCGGAACAUUACGACCCCGACAGCCCCUCCAAACGCACAACCACACAAGCACUCCGUCGAAAUCUUCCCUGCGCCCCACCAUCGCGAACCUCCCCUCCAACUCCUCCCUAUCCCCGGCCAACGAACCCCCUCAACGACCGGCAAGAUGAACGGCGAAGACCCGCCCGAGAGGCCCGAGUAUAUCACCAGCAUUAUCAACGGCCUCGAGCGAUACAACCCCGAAGCUGUUGGGUCCCUCGAGACCUAUGUGCAAGAACAAUGCGAGCAGAAGUACACUGAUUGCAAUGCCAACCGCACCCUGCUGAAGCUGUACCAGCUCAACCCCGACCGUCUCAAGGAUGAAGUCGUCACCAACGUCCUCGUCAAGGCCAUGACCCAGUUCCCGUCUCCCCAGUUCCACCUCGCCCUCCAUCUCAUCAACCCCUCCGCUGCCAACCAGGGCGAACUCCACGAAGCCCUCAGCAAGUUGCGGACACUCAACUCUCAGCUCGAGGGUGCGCAGUACGCGCAGUUCUGGGCGGCCGUGGACGGCGACGACUUGUGUGCCGAUCUCAUCGCGGACAUUGCCGGCUUCGAAGACAUGAUCCGUCUCAAGAUCGCACAGCUCGUGUCGCAGGCUUAUCGUGAGGUCGACCUCGAACUUCUCGAGAGCUGGUUGGGUUUCAGCGCGGAUGCGACGAAGCAGUUCAUCGAGGAGGUUGCCGGGUGGACCGUCGAGGGCGAUAGUGUCAAGAUCCCCUCCAACCCUGACAACGAGGCCAAGAAGACCGAGAUCAGGGAGGAUGUUAACGUCGAGCAAUUCGCGCGGGUGAUUCGACGGUCGUGGGAGGACACCAUUGCGGUAUAAGGUUGGGGUCCUGCUCAGGGAUAAUCAUGAUGGAAUGAAGUUGUAUCGGAUCACAGAGGGUCAAAAGGCGUUCAUGGGCAUGUCAUUGCAGCGAUAUCAAAUACUCUAGAGGGAUGGUAUCCAGAUUUCACAUU